UCAGAGCACAGUACCGGCACCCCUCGCCCUGUUAGCUUCGCUCCUCGGUAGUCGGUCGUUCUGGUUAGCAGCCAGUGCCAGUUCAGUAUCAAACACUGCCUCAGAAUCGAAUGUGUCCUCGUUCUCGCAGGUUUCAUCGCGUUUUAUUAUUAUCAGUCUCAAUCCUUGUACCGGUCCAACACUUAACGUUUUCCCGUAUCCUGCCGCCGCCAUUGUUAUCGACGACAGCCAGCCGCAUCCAGGAGCUGUCUCAGGACCUCAAGCUAAAACAACCAACACUGUUUAUAAUAUAAAACUCACUUAAAUUUUUUUUAUAUUCAAGUAUGUAGUACUUGACGUCUUCAUACUUACCAAACAAUAUAAAUAUAUCAAACCGUACGUAUUUCUCCCACUUAAAUAUAUAUUUACGAGAACACCCGGCGAGCUUAGCUUAUUUAUUUACUUUUCGCUCGCUGUAAUUUUUACCCUUUACUUAUUCGCUGACUCAAAAAAUUAUUUGCCAACAGUGACCUAGUGGAAGUUUUGAGAACUAGACAAUUCAAAUUUUUUAAUUUGGCGGGAAUUUUAAAAAGUUGAGUUUUUUAAAAGUGAGUGAUUGAUACUUUGUUUUGACAGUUUAUUUUUACUGUCUUGGGUUUUUGUUGCAGGCGGUGCGAUUGACAUAGGUUAUUAUUAUUUGAUUUUAAUAGUAAUUAUUAUUAUUACGUGAACGAAGUGAUUAUCAGUGAAGUGUGAUAAUGUGCAUUAUGUGAUUCGUGACAACAUUCUGAAGAAUUUUAUUGGUUUGACGCGAACCUUUGGAUACUACUUGAAGGAUGCAGGAACGAGUGUAUUGGAUAGUAGGGAAGACCCUGCUGCUUUUGCUGCUAUUGCCCAUUUUACCCUCAGCUAACGGGUCUUGCCAAUUUCCGGAAUCAUGGAGAGGACAAUGGUUCCAGUCAGGAAAACCGUCGUCUGUCACGAUAAACGCCACUACCUUUGGCGAGAAGACUUGCAUUGAGAACAACGGAGACAUGUAUUCCGUUUAUGAUUUUUUCCAGAACGAAAACUGCUACAAAUGCUUGAUAAUAAACGACCGUCAUAAGAACGUCAUUCAAUUCCGCGAACUGGGAACAUGCUCUUCGGAGAGAAAAAGCCUGCAAGAGAUAUGCGAAUCAAUUAGGACGGACGACAGUCUGUUUACGAUGUUUCGUUUGAACCCAGAACCGAUAACGUGUCCUUUUAAUGGGGCACCUUACACAUUCACCUACAACCGCGGUGAUAAAGAAUGCAAUUCUCCAGUUAGUGUCGCUGAAAGCUGCACUGAUCCCAGUAAAUUGCUUCUUAAGUAUCAAGCUUGUCCAGAUAUUGAAGACUCUGAAAGUAUAACCGAGGAACUGCAGUGUCUUGCUCUCUGGAAGGAUGGAAGGAACAAAUAUUUGGUCGGCACUCUCAAGCUGUUUGGAAGGAGCGCCGCAACUAAUGAGGAAACAUUCAGAUGUUUCCUGUAUGAGAGAAAUCAUCACGGCGAAAAAGUAACUUAUGACAUUGCGCAAUCCGGCGACUCAACUUGCUCGGCAUUGAACGACGUAUCCCAAGGAUCGAGAACUAUUAAAUUAACUAAAGUUGAUAGAGAGCACAAUAAAUGUAAGUACCCACAAUGGGUGACUAAGCACCACGCCUGGCACUCUUUGGACGGAACCAGGGCUUACCACUUCACCACCGGGAAUGCGACGCUCAAGGUUGAGCAGAGUAAGGACCAGCAGAACAAGGGGCACAAGUACGAGGAGAGAAUCGUCUGUCAUAAUCUCGAGAGUAUUGAUAGUCCGGACAAGAAAGUGAAGCUCGUUGCUCACAUAACGAGUGGCUGCGAUAUUGGCUACGUCUGCAUGAUCUUCCACAGAAGAAGUGCUGGCGUGAUCGAGCUCCAGCAAUCAAAUGUCAAAACAAUUUUACCUGAAGAAGCAUGCAAGCAGCAGGAAGAUCUAUCAGUGAUGCCGUAUAUAACUUUAAUAACAUCGACGUUAGAGAAGAAGAGAUGUCCGCAACCUGGACGUUACCACGUCGUAAAUUACGGAUCCUCUCACGCAUUGUCCAUACCGUCGCGUCGCCAACGCAAGGACACAAACAUCCAGAUCCGCGACACCCCGUCGUCUUCUUCUUCUUCAUUGUCAUCUUCAGUGUCCUCGUCAAUUUCACAACGCGCUGCUGAGAAACGGACCUGGGAGGAAAAGAACGACGACGAGCAGUGCAGCGUUUCUGACAUACAAAUCGGAUGCACCACUUCUGAUCAAAGCGAAAUGAUCAUCAUCAACACCUGUGAAGAUAAACACGAAGCGUACACAUGUCAUGACAGCUGGGAAGAAAAAGGAGUCUGGUACACAAUAGUCUCGCAAAAACAAAAGAGCCUGAGCGGUAUCAGCAUAAACGUAAACAGCGGGAGCAGCAUCGGGAGUGAAUCCGCGGUGACAAAUGCGAGCUUCUGCUUCUCGAUGCGCUGGGUUGAUCCGACGCCUAAAUUGUCUGGUAGAGGCUCAAGAGUCGAACAAGAACAAGAGUUGAGGCUGACUUGGCCGGUGCGCGAGUUCCAGAGGGACGAUCCUAAUCAAUGGACUUACAAGCUUUCUAAUCAAGGUGUAUGCGAAGAUAUAACCCGCGCCAGCGCGACCUCAGCGUCAUCAUUCUCGCGCGUGUCUUUAGUCCUAUCAGCGGGCGCAGCAAUAAUCUGCGAAUUGUUGUCAAGAUGAUGUGUCACCCUCGACAGGAAGCUAAUACUCGAGGCUUAGAUAGCAAACAGACAUCCAAACAUAUAUAUUCACCUAAAUGUAUCAGUAAUUAAUUAUCAAUCAUCAAUCAAUAGAAUAAUUCAACGGGUACCGCAGCUGAUUUUCAGACUAAUUAAAUGAAAUGUUGCUAUUUAUUCCUCACGGUGAAUGGCUGAGGACCAGUGUGUGACCAUGGAAGCUAAAUGACUGCGACAAGUGAGUUGAGAGGACUGCUUGAAUAUUCCUAGACACACACGGAAACCUGCUAAUACGGAAACAAUAACAAGAACAACUGUCCCACAUAUUGGUGUUCGAACUGUCAAAGCUCUGUUCCCGAGGAUAAUCGAGACCGACGUCUCAAUUGCUGCCUACCCGGACAUUUAACUAACCAGUACAUAUUGAUGUAUGUGUGUAUAUAUUUAUACAUAUAUAUAUGAUGUAUGUAUGCUAACAGUUGUACUAUUCUGGAUGAUACGACGUCGAUCCAGCCACAAUUAUUAAUGUCAUUGUAGAAGACAUAUACAUCCCAUCACAUCUGAGUCUAUUAGUGACACCCAGCUAACACCUACGACACUGUUCUGUUUAAGUAAUUUGUUAGCUAUCAUGUACUUUCAAUCUAUUGGCAUUUAAGAUAUUGAUUGCUAAUU